GCCACACUACCCUGUAUUAUCCGACACAAAGACACCAAACUUUGCAUUGUGUUUGACUCGGUAGCAAAGGUCCUAGACGUGUCCUUAAAUGACAUGCUAGAGAAAGAUCCUUGUCUCUUCAAUGACUUGACUGGAAUACUUCUGAGAUUUUGAAGAUUUAAGGUGGCUGUUGCGGGAGACAUUUCCAAGAGUGUCUUACAUGAGUGUCUUACUCGACCCAAAGGAUCGUAAGUACCAUCGAUUUCUCUGGAGAGAAGGAGAAGAUAAAGAACCUACUGUCUAUAAGUUCAAUUGUGUGAUUUUUGGAGAUAAGCCAUCACCAUUCCUUGCAAACUAUACAAUCAAGAGCGUGCUAGAAGAUCACGGUGCAGGGAAAACUGAAGCUGUGACAGCAGCCGCAGUAGUGUUCAAAGUGGCAAGGAGAUCGUCGAGGAUGUAUGCGAAGUACUAGACAGCGGAGGCUUUCGCAUGCGCAACUUGAUAAGCAAUGACGCCAAGGUGCUUUCUGGGAUUCAAGAUCGGGUGGAGAAUAUCGGAAAUGAAGAGGACGGGAAAGAGUUUGGCGAGCGAUGACAGAGAGUACUUUGAAUGUUUUGGAUUCUUAACACUGACGAGAUAUCAUCGCCUGAGAAUGUGGAGGUCGUAUGGACCAAGGGAGGAGUGUUGAGUCAACUUGCUAAGCUGUUUUACCCGUGUGGACACUUUAAUCGCCCUUUUUAGUAACUGGCAAGAUUCUGACGCAGCAACUAUGGAGAAAAAUCUUGCUUGGGAUCAAAUGCUUGAUGAAGUAGACAAACAAAAAUGGCAACACUGGAUUGGUCAGUUUCCAUCACUCAACAAACUGCAUAUACCGCGUUGCAAAAGCGGCUCCAAAGAAUGAGUCCGAACAGACACGAUCGAUCGGAUAGAUUUGAAGAAAAUAGUCAAGAGGAAUUCUUUGCCACUCAUCUAGUUCGUUUGUUAAGGUUGACUUUCACGCAAAAGGAGACAAACGAUACUCUCAAUCAGAAACGCACUACUGCCUUUAUGGACCUAUCAAGGUAGACAAGUGCGAAACGAAAUGGUGACGGCCUCUCGGUAAAAUGUUUGUAAGUAUUGUACUUUUCAGUCCUACUUCACGUUUAUUUUUUUUAAACAAAUGUCUGCAUUCCAGUUCUGUUGGAAUUGUCUGUGUCUCUGCACGACAAUGGAAGGUACACGAAAAUCCAAGGUACUCGAAGCUGGAAUGUCCUGCUUCGAGUACCAGAUCAGAUCAGGAUACAGAUCAGGUGCAUUCGGGUAUUUGAUGAAUACACGAUAGACCAGGCCAUCCCACUCCACCCCAAAUAGCUUCAAAAGAUCAAAGAAAGGUGCUUUGGAUCCGCUUAAGAGGGCUCUCGAGAGUGGAAUUCCCACGUCAAGCGACUUACGAUAUUAUGUGAAGCUUCCUCUGUGUGUUGAACACAGAGGACAUCCACUGGGAGAAGAUGCGACCAUAAACCAGCUGGUCGACAAGGUUAUUUCCAAGAUCUAUGAGCUCGUUGCCAAAGGCAUUACGUGACAGUUUUCGGCGAGAACCCACAGCCGCAUAGCCGCGGUAAUAUCACCACCAGACGGUGAAGGGUGAGCAAAAUUACGCGCAAAUCAAGAAAGAAUCUUUAAGUAUUAUUUUUGGCGUUAAGAAAUUUCAUUAGUAUUUGUACGGCAGAAAAUUCAUGCUAGCCACGGAUCACAAACCGCUAGUUAGCACAGUACGACCUUAGCGGCAGCCAGAAUGCAGCUGUGGGCUAUCUGCCUAUCAGUACUAUAUCAUUUAUCGUACGACAGACAAACAAGCGAAUGCAGAUUGUUUAUCAUGGGGCAGAAACGGUGGACAUUCAUGCUUAUUCAAUUAUCCUCACGCAGCAGAGCGCAAAUUUAAAAAAAAUACAAAGAAAAGCUCUCAAAACGGCUAACCUGGGUUGAAAGAAAUAGCUUUACUCGAAAACAAAUCCCUAACUAAAAAUUUGAACGACGGAUUUCUAUUAGCUAAAUGUCAAACUUUCAUAUGUAAGUAGGCAUUUUGUUAAAAGAUGAAAAACUCGACCUGCAGUCUUCUUUGAAGAUAAACACCCGCUAUAAACAACCCACCAAUUGCACAACGUUUUGAAGCUUUAAAGUCGAAUUCAACGAAUAAUAGUUUCUUUUAAUUGAGCUUCGAUGAAGUGUAGUUUCUCGAUUGGUAUUUUAUUGUUUUGUUUAUGCGGUUGCUUACCAGCGGGCAAGAACAGUUUGCCGCCUCGACCUCUGUUUGUGUAACAUCGAUCGCAACAAUCUUUACAUCAAAUCGAUUUUGAAAAUGUGGUCAUCGAUCAAUUUUAUGUAUAUUUUUUUAGAAACUCUGAUGUUUACAAAGGAAAUAAAGACAAACAUCUUCACGAGACUUUUACCUUCACUUCACGGCGUGAUGAAGUAAUGUGCAUCAAACAAACGGCCGCAUCUGGAGCAAAACGGAAGCUUCGAAAGCAAUUUUGCAGAUUUCUAAAAAAAAAGCAGCAAGGUCGCAAUUUCAAAAGGGACUAGCACUAGAAUAGAGACCUUAAAAGACAUAGGAAAAUUGCUAAAAUUCACUUUUUUCUUUCUUUCAGUGAAAGCUGUUCAUCAGCCUUGCACUUCACAGACAAAUAUGUGUUUUCAACAGAGUCUGUGAUUCUAAAACACAAGCAUACAGAGGAGAAAUGUGAGAUUCGUCUCAAUUCUGCAUUAGAUGAGAGCAUAGUAAGUAGAGGGGACUGAUUUGGAAGGGGACUGAUAUGUCCAGGUACCAAAAGCUCACCCAACUUGAGUCCUCAUUUCCCCGCGCAUACCUAAUAGAGGCAUGUCAAAAGGAAAUGGACAGGAAAUGGAAGCCGAUCAUGAUGGACACAACAGGCAGCUACUCGGGGGUGCCGCUGCCAUUCAGAGUCUUGUUUGAAAGUGAAAUCAGUAAAUAUUCACAUGUUGAUGCCUGCUGGCAAGCUGCCGUCUACGCCGUCGAGUCCUCUACUCAAACAGACUUUGUCCCAAAGGCACAAUCAAGUAACCUCCGCGGAAACAGCAAUAUGGCGCCACUUCCAUGCAAAGGAGGGAAAACAAACCAACCAGGCAUCGACUACGGACAUUUUAUACAAAGCAAAUGGACGUUUAUUCAAGCCCUUUGAAUUCCAUAUGCUAUUUAUAUCAUCAAAUUCAAUUAACGGCAUGUAUUUGCGUUGCAAAAGCGGCUCCAAAGAAUGAGUCCGAACAGACACGAUCGAUCGGAUAGAUUUGAAGAAAAUAGUCAAGAGGAAUUCUUUGCCACUCAUCUAGUUCGUUUGUUAAGGUUGACUUUCACGCAAAAGGAGACAAACGAUACUCUCAAUCAGAAACGCACUACUGCCUUUAUGGACCUAUCAAGGUAGACAAGUGCGAAACGAAAUGGUGACGGCCUCUCGGUAAAAUGUUUGUAAGUAUUGUACUUUUCAGUCCUACUUGUUAAAAAAUGUGCUGUCAAUAUACAAGCAAAUAUCAGAUAUUGAAGGCACAUUGUAUGAAAUAGAUGGCUUUCAUGUGUCAUUUCAAUUUGCUGAGCUCCGAAAUGAUAUGAAAAUGCUUGCAAUGCUUGCUGGAGAGCUCUCAAAUGCUGCUACUUACUUUUCAUCCUUUGCUAACGUAAGCUCAGCUGAUAGUGGCAACCUUCAAGGCAGAUUUGGUACUGACGAAGAAUGUAAAUGGAAACCGUGGAGCUACAACCAAAGGAAUGAAGUGGCUAGUAAAGUUAAAGCACUCAAAGCUAAGCUCGAAAACCAAACUCUCUGUCAACAGACAAGAAGGUCUAAAGUUACAAAUUUCAUUUCCAAACAAAAGAGCCGCCAAGAAUUUCAACUCAUGCUAGGCAAUUUUAUUGACAAAGCACACGUUGAGCCUCUCCAUCUCAAAAACAAUGCCUGGCAGUACUUCUAUAGAUCUGUCUUAAAAGAACCAUUAGUAAAAACCUGCUUACUACCAUCUCAUAAAACUUUUGAAGAAAUACCACCAGACAGUUGUUUUGCUAGAGUUAUUAAUGCACUUCAACAUGAAGUACAGACCAAACGGCUAGCUAAAAGAGUAAGGCAAUGGUAUAAUGAAACCCAAGGCAAAAAAGGAGAUCUACAAUAUAGAUUUACAGGCAAAGAAUCUCGCCUUUUUUGUCAUAACUUCAUGCGACUGUUGAAGAAUCUAAGCAGUGAGGAAGAUACUCCCAAGCAAAAACAAACUGUCUUGGCACUAGUUUAUAUAGGUAUCAGGUUAAGAGACUGCUGCUCUAUUUUCAACCGCCUUGAUAUCAAUGAACAAGAUCUUGCAAAGCUAGAAGUUGCUGCCAUUGAGUAUUGUCAUGCAAACAAAUUGUUUCUUCCCUACACCAUCAACCCGACUAUAUGGACUCUAGGUCAUGUACUUCCCGUGCAUGCUAGAGAUGUAUUUUCAAAGUACCAGCAGGGACUCCUAACAGUGACAAUGGAAGGUAGGGAGGCAAAACAUAUUGCAUUGCAGAGGUUAAGUCACAACACUACAUACCAGUCUAGGUGGCAAGAAAUCUUUAGGCAUGAAUUUAUUAUGCUAGUCUGGCUGCCUGAGCAAGGCCAUCAGCCCUGCUCUUACACAGAAAGCAAAGAUGUUAAUAUCCCAGAAAGAGUCAAUGAUCCAGCUUAUUGCUACUGUGGCCUGCUGAAAGCUUCCCCAGAAAACACUCAUUGCUGUUUCUGUGGGGACAAACUAAUGACCCUAAUCCAUAAGAGUGUAGUAAAUAAGAAGUACAGCCCAGGCUUGUCAAUGUAAAUGUAAUAUACCCCUAGUUACUGUGUGAAUUUAUUAGAUAGGUUAAUUGGAAUUGUCUUUGGAAAAUACCAUGCAGUAAUUAAAAGCAUUCUAGUUAUUGCACAACUCUGGCAUUCCAGUUAACACACAGAGCAAAAUUUCAAGAUUUUGGUGAAAUACAGCAUUGAUUAUUGGGUUCAUUAUUCAAUUCAAGAAUGCAUGCAGAAAUCCAAUAUUUGAAUCGAAUUAGCUAUUAGUAGAGCUAUUUGUAAAGAUAGGUAGACAAUUACGAUAAUACAAUAACAAGUAAGGCAAUAAAAUAAUUUAUUUUGAUUUUAAUUGUUAUCAAUUUUGAAAUUCUUUAUUCCAGUAUAGAAUUUUAAUUAUAUUCUUAGUUUUAAAAAAUAACAGAAGUUAUAUGAAACAAUUCAUUACGUAAAUAUUUCUCAGAGAAAUGAUUGGAUAAAAAGAAAGUAAUAACAAUGCUAUUUAUCGACUUGAAUAUGUUUAUUGAAAGUGGCAAUCAGCUCUAAAUCAUAUUCCAAUUAUUAAAUGUUUGACAAUUUCCAAAUUACAUUAGAAAUAGUACUUAUUAAUAUAAUUAAAUUGUAAAAGUUUGAUAACACUUCCUGCUAUCACAAAUAUGUUUAACAUUGAAAGAUGUUUUUUAUCAUUGUUAUUGUAAACUAUACACUGUAUAAUAAAUCCAUUUUUUCAAUCAA